AUGCAAUCAGGUUCUAUACCUGAUUCAGCUAUAUCAGCAUCAAGUAGUUAUGAUUCCAAUAGUGUUGGACCAAAAGCUAGUCGAGCUCGAACUGAACAGUACGGUGGUGCAUGGUGUCCAUUGAAUCAAAUAACAACAAUACCUAAUGAAUGGCUAGAAAUUGAUUUUGGAAAUUUAACAUAUUUAACACAAGUUGAAACACAAGGUAGAUUUGAUAAUGGACGUGGAAAAGAAUAUGCUGAUUAUUAUGUAUUAAUGUAUACUCGUUUAAAUCAUAUUAAUGAUGAUGAUGAUGAUAAUUUAGUAUCAUGGAUUGAAUAUAAACCACAAAUUAUUAAUAAAAAUGAAUAUAAUACAUCGUGGAUAAAUGCGAAUCAAAAUACUUAUAUAGGAGAAAUUCGUCAAUUAAAUCCACCAAUUGUUGCUAGACGACUUCGUUUCUAUCCUGUUAGUAAACAAACUCGAACUGUUUGUAUGCGUGUUGAAGUUUAUGGCUGUUUAUUUUCUGAUGGUAUUGUCUCAUAUUCAAUGCCACAAGGACGAACAGAUAUAAAUUCAUUAGGUGAUGAUACAUAUGAUGGAAAAUAUAUUUCCGAUACAAAUAUGUUAAUUGAUGGUCUUGGAAAAUUAUCUGAUGGCAUAACAGGUUCAGACAAUAUGUCAUUAAUUGAUGGUCGACAAGCAUGGGUUGGAUGGUCAAAUGAUACAAAUACACAUCUAACAAUUAUAUUUCAAUUUGAUUAUAUACGUCAAAUGAAUCGUGUAACUAUCCAUACAAAUAAUGUUUUUUCUAAACAAAUAUCAAUAUUUAAAACAGCUAUUAUUACAUUUUCAUCAACUGGUGAACCAACUAGUUAUUCAAAUGCAAUUAUUUCUGAACAAAAUCGUGAUGAAAUAUUUGAAAUAGCUCGUCCUAUAUUAAUUAAAUUAAAUAAUCAUAUUGCAAAAUAUGUACGAUUAGAUUUAUAUUUUGAUUCAAAAUGGUUAUUAAUCAGUGAAAUAACAUUUGAUUCACAGAUAUAUACUGAAAAACUUGAAACGAAAACUAAUGAUCAUUCAUUAUUAAAUAUUAAUCCACAAACAUUAUCACUAUCUGAACAAAUGAAAAUGGUUACAGAUAUACGUAAACGUAAUCGUGAUCUUUUACAAACUACAUCAACAAUUUUAACAACAACAAAAUCUCUUUCAUCAACACAUUUUACAAAUUUAAUUACAACAGAAUUAUCAUUAGCAUUUUUUAUUGGAGCAUCUCUAGCUAUUGGUUUACUAUUAGUUGUUUCACUUGUAUGGCUUAUACGACGAAAGAAAAAACUUCAAUUUCAAAAAUUAACAGAAAAACCAUGUAAUAAUUCUUCAUGUUAUACAUAUCCUACAUUACCUAUACGUGAAUUUCAUGAUUUAAAUGCACCUAUAACUAGUGCAAUUGAUGAUCGGGAAUAUGCUAUACCAGAUGUUAAUUUCUAUUCAACAUUUGCUCAUAGUCCACAUAUAAAUCAUCAUACAAAACAUAUUGCACCAUUAUCAUCGACAUCUUCAUAUACAUGUAGUCCUCGUUUAAUUCGUUCAUCAAAUGUGAAUUGUUAUCCGACAUUGAAACCACUUCCACAACAUUGUUGUAUUCAUCAACAAUAUUUAACAAUGCAACGUCAUCAUCAUCCGAUAAUACCAACAAAUUCUAAUAUGAUUUUAUCUUCUCCUCCUCCUCCUGCAACAGAUGAAUUUUCAUCAAUUGAAGGAUCUUGUGGAAAUAGUUUAAUGAUAAAAAUUAAUUCUGUUAUUGAUAAUCAAUUAAUAACAAUUAAAGAAAUCAAUUCGGAGAAUUUAAAUAUUAUGGAAAAAAUUGGUGAUGGUUCAUUUGGAAGUAUACAUAUUGGUGAAAUGAAAUUACUUAAUAAUGAAACACAAACUGUAAUUGUUAAAUCAUUGAAUGAUAAUAAUGAUGAAAGACAAAAAUCAUUAUUUUGGAAAGAAAUUGAAUUAUUGUCAUUAGUAGAUGAUUUUCAUAUAUGUUCAUUAUUAGGUGUAUUAAAUAAUCAACGAACAGUGGCUAUAUUUGAAUAUUAUUCACUUGAUUUAUAUCAAUAUCUUCGUCAACAAUCUAUACCAAUGGAUAAUGGUUCAGCAUCUAGUUUUUUAUUAUCAUUAGCAUGUCAAAUAGCAUCUGGAAUGAAAUAUUUAUCGUCAAAUUCUAUUAUUCAUCGUGAUUUAGCAGCAAGAAAUUGUUUAGUAUCAACAACAAAUCAUCAAUUACAUAUAACUGAUAUAGCUAUGGUUAAAUCAGAAUAUGCAAAUGAUUAUGCACGUGUUGGACGUUUACAAUCACGUAUAUCAUUACGAUGGGCUGCAUGGGAAACAAUAUUUCUUAAUCAAUUUUCUCUUAAAACAGAUGUUUGGUCGUUUGGUGUAACACUUUAUGAAUUAUAUACAUAUGCACGUCAACGUCCAUUUCAUGCAUUAACAAAUGAACAACUUGUACAACAACUUGCUUGUCUUUCAACGGGACCAUUAUCUUCAAAUGCUUUAAUUUCAUUGCCAAAACCAGAACUAUGUUCAAAAGAAAUUUAUGAUAUGAUGUGUGAAUGUUGGCAAAGAGAUGCACAAUAUCGACCAUCAUUUGCUGAUAUAUGUACAUUUUUAUGUGGUAGAGCAUCAGGUUCAAUACCAUUGGUAACGACAGAACCAUGA